AUGGCGAGCUGUGGAAAUGAUAACCUUUGUGUAUUCCUCUCUAGUGAGGACCAGGAUGAGCUGCAUUACCAGGAUACUGACUCGGACGUGCCGGAGCAGCGGGAUGGGAGGUGUAAAGUCAAGUGGACGCAAGAAGAGGAUGAGCAGCUGAAGAUGUUAGUAAGACAUUAUGGGCAGAAUGACUGGAAGUUCCUGGCCAGUCACUUUCCUAACCGCAGCGAUCAGCAGUGUCAGUACCGGUGGCUGAGGGUGUUGAAUCCAGACUUGGUUAAGGGCCCUUGGACCAAAGAGGAGGACCAAAAGGUAAUUGAACUGGUUAAAAAAUAUGGCACCAAGCAGUGGACCCUGAUAGCCAAGCACCUGAAGGGGCGGUUAGGGAAGCAGUGCCGGGAACGCUGGCAUAACCACCUGAACCCCGAGGUGAAGAAGUCCUCGUGGACCGAGGAAGAGGAUCGCAUCAUUUUUGAGGCCCACAAGGUCCUGGGGAAUCGUUGGGCAGAGAUUGCCAAGCUGCUGCCAGGGAGGACCGACAAUGCUGUGAAGAACCACUGGAACUCCACCAUCAAGCGGAAGGUAGACACAGGAGGCUUCCUCAAUGAAACUAAGAAGUCCAAGUCACUCUACUUGCUCGUGGAGGUGGACGACAAGGAGAGCCAAGGUCAAACGAGAGCUGGGAGCCAGGAAGAAGACAUCAGCGAUGAGGAAGUGACGGGCGUGCAGGAGUUACCCUCCGAGCUGCCAGCUGCUGAACUGGCAGAGCAUAACGCUGAGGGGACCCCAGAUGAUGUGGUGCCUGAGGAUGCCUCUUCAUUUGUCACAUCACCGUACAAAUGGGUCGUUGAAGCUGCCAACUAUUUGUACCCAACAUCUGUGCCAGCCUUCAAUGAAGCUCUGGACAUGAUUGAAUCUGACCCCGACGGGUGGUGUGAUCUGACCCAGUUUGACCUCCCCGAGGAACCCUCUGCCGGCAGCAGCAGUAGCAGCAGCAGCAGCCCGGUGAGGCAAACCCCCAGCAAGCCACUGCCAUCCCUGCCCAACGUCACCGAGUACCGCCUGGACGGCCACACCAUCUCCGACCUGAGCAAGAGCAGCAAGGGGGAGCUCAUCCCCAUCUCUCCGCACGCAGAGGUGAGCUUUGGCACGCCACCCUCUGUGCUGAAGAGGCAGAAGAAGAGGAAGAUCUCCCUCUCCCCGGUCACGGAGAACGCCACCAGCACCAGCCUUUCCUUCCUUGACUCCUGCAACAGCAUGACGCCCAAGAGCACCCCCGUCAAGACACUGCCCUUCUCUCCAUCUCAGUUCUUAAACUUUUGGACCAAACAAGAUACACUAGAACUGGAGAACCCGUCUCUGACCUCCACGCCUGUGUGCAGUCAGAAGGUGAUUGUCACUACCCCUCUGCACAGGGACAAAACUCCUCUGCUCCAGAAGAACUCAGCGUUUGUCACACCAGAUCAGAAGUAUGUGGUGGACAACACACCUCACACCCCCACACCUUUCAAAAAUGCCCUGGAAAAAUACGGACCAAUUAGGCCUUUGCCCCAGACUCCUCACCUGGAAGAAGACUUGAAAGAAGUGCUUCGAAGUGAAGCUGGCAUUGAACUUAUCAUAGAGGAUGACGUGAAGCCUGAGAAACAGAAGAGGAAACAAGGGUUGCGCAGGAGUCCCAUCAAGAAGGUUCGGAAGUCUCUGGCCUUGGAUAUUGUGGAUGAAGAUAUGACGCAAAAUAUGCCUGCCCUCCCCAAGACUCUCUGUUUCAAAAGAGCCCAGCCUGUGAAUUUCCUGUCGAGGUCCCUGAACCUUUCCUCCUCAAGCAGGAAGAACGACAGCGGUUUGCUCAACAGAGCUUUCGUGCAAGUACAGCCAGAGAAAAUGUCCUGCACGAAAAUGCCGAGCCAUUUCAGACCACCAGCACCGAUGACCAGGGCUUGGAAAGCGGUGGCCUGUGGUGGAACCCGAGACCAACUCUUCAUGCAGGAGAAAGCUCGCCAGUUUUUGGGCAUGUUGAAACAGAGUCACACAUCAAGGACCUUAAUCUUAUCAUGAAGGAUUGUUCUGCUUUUUUUUAUUUUAUUUUUUUAAAAUUUUUUUAUAAGGAGAGGGGGAGCCACAGGAAAAAAUAUCCUCUGUGUUGGGGGUGGAUUUUUUCCUUCCGUUCCCAGGUAGAUCUAUAUUGUAAUAAAUUGGGCUAAGCGCUGGCUAAUGUGUGGAAUGCGAGUUUUGGGAUGAUUACAGAGAGGCAAAUGAGGGAGGGAUGGAUGGAGAGCUAAUGGUAAGACCUCUCUCUGCAAAGACCUGGGUUCUGCCAAAGCAGCUGUGUCCCUCCUCGGAGCAGCGUGUGCAGGAUGCGAUGGAGACCGGCCUCACCGCCUGCCUGGAUUUAAUGCUGGCUUCUCUGGUACCUCAGGAAUGGCUUUUUGGGAAGGUUCCUGCAUGUCUUGUGUCUCCUCUUCUGGCUUUCCUCGGGGAUGGAGCGGUCCCCCCUCGCUCACGGAGGAGGGAGGGUGUUACGGACUCGUGGGAGAGGUGUUUUGGGGUGACCCCUGUUCAGAGCUGGCCCUUUGCUCCCUGUGGGGCUGUUUGUACUGCCGUGCUGCGGGGGGGGCGAGCAGCAGCGGGGGCACCUCUCCCCAGGGCUCUGCUCCCUCUCCAAAUAAACGAUGGUGCUAACAUCA